ACCAACGUACUAGCGGUCAUUUCUGUUUCCCGUUUCACUUUCGCUCAUUUUAAGAAUAAUCGUCGCCGGCUCAGCACAUUAUAAUAAUUAAGAACAAGAAGUUUUUUAAAAGUAAUCCAACAACAUCGUUGGUUAUUUAACAUCAACUUUCGCAUUCAUGGCCGCCAUAUUGGUUUGAUACAAGUGCGUGGGAAUAAGCACAUUCCUAAGAUCUCCAUCCAGUCAAGAUGUAUUUAUACAACUUGACUCUGCAAAGAGCCACCGGCAUCACCCACGCGGUCCACGGGAAUUUCUCCGGCACGAAGCUCCAGGAGAUACUCGUUUCCCGCGGGAAGUCACUGGAGCUUCUGCGGCCGGACCCAAACACCGGCAAAGUCCACACGCUGCUGGCUGUUGAAGUUUUCGGAAUAAUAAGGUCUCUUAUGGCCUUUAGGCUAACUGGAGGUACUAAAGACUACAUUGUUGUUGGCUCAGACUCGGGAAGAAUAGUAAUUCUCGAGUAUUUGCCUGCUAAAAAUGUCUUUGAGAAGGUUCAUCAAGAGACUUUUGGCAAGAGUGGCUGCAGAAGAAUUGUACCAGGUCAAUACUUGGCUAUUGAUCCUAAAGGACGUGCUGUAAUGAUUGCUGCAAUCGAGAAGCAGAAGCUCGUAUACAUUUUAAACAGAGACCCCGAAGCCCGUCUGACGAUAUCCUCGCCCCUGGAAGCGCACAAGAGCAAUACUCUAGUUUACCACACCGUUGGAGUGGACGUUGGGUUCGAGAACCCGAUGUUCGCGUGUCUGGAGAUUGACUACGAAGAAGCAGAUAGCGAUCCAACGGGCGAAGCAGCUGUGAAAACUCAGCAAACUUUGACCCUCUACGAGCUCGAUCUUGGUCUGAAUCACGUCGUGAGGAAGUACAGCGAGCCAUUAGAAGAGCACGCUAACUUCCUUAUCUCCGUACCCGGAGGAAACGACGGUCCCAGUGGAGUACUCAUUUGCUCAGAAAAUUAUCUGACUUACAAGAAUCUCGGGGAUCAGCCUGACAUUCGUUGUCCGAUCCCUCGGCGGCGGAAUGACUUGGACGAUCCUGAGCGGGGGAUGAUUUUUGUCUGUUCUGCGACACAUAAAACUAAAAAUAUGUUCUUCUUUCUCGCGCAAACCGAGCAAGGAGAUAUUUUCAAGAUAACGCUUGAAGUUGAUGAAGACAUGGUUACUGAGAUAAAACUCAAGUACUUUGACACAGUUCCCGUAGCAACGAGUAUGUGUGUACUCAAAACUGGUUUUCUCUUCGUCGCUUCGGAGUUUGGCAAUCAUUAUUUGUACCAAAUCGCUCAUCUGGGUGAUGACGACGACGAGCCAGAGUUCAGUUCCGCCAUGCCCCUGGAAGAAGGAGAUACCUUCUUCUUUGCACCACGGCCUCUGAGGAAUUUAGUUCUGGUUGAUGAGAUGGACAGUUUGUCUCCUAUUAUGACUUGCCAGGUCGCGGAUUUGGCAAACGAGGACACUCCACAGCUUUACAUCGCCUGCGGCAGGGGUCCAAGAUCUACUUUACGAGUCUUACGACACGGUCUUGAGGUCUCGGAAAUGGCUGUGAGUGAACUUCCGGGUAAUCCCAAUGCAGUUUGGACAGUAAAAAGAAGAAUCGACGAAGAAUAUGAUGCGUACAUCAUAGUGUCCUUCGUCAAUGCUACUCUUGUGCUUAGUAUCGGAGAGACUGUCGAAGAAGUAACGGACUCUGGUUUCCUUGGAACAACACCCACUCUCAGUUGUUCUGCUUUGGGGGAGGACGCUCUUGUACAAGUAUAUCCCGACGGUAUUCGUCAUAUACGUGCCGAUAAACGUGUCAAUGAAUGGAAAGCUCCGGGUAAAAAAACAAUUGUCAAAUGCGCAGUAAACCAACGUCAAGUCGUCAUUGCACUCACAGGAGGGGAAUUGGUCUACUUUGAAAUGGAUCCGACGGGUCAAUUGAACGAGUACACAGAGAGAAAGAAGAUGCCGUCAGAAGUGAUGUGCAUGGCUCUGGGAAAUGUCGCGGCUGGAGAACAAAGAUCUUGGUUUCUGGCGGUGGGUUUACAAGACAAUACCGUCAGGAUAAUUUCUUUGGACCCAUCGGAUUGUUUAGCACCGAGGAGUAUGCAAGCUCUUCCUGCUGCGGCUGAAAGCCUUUGCAUUGUCGAAAUGGGCGCUUCUAAAGACGUCGACAAUUCUGACGACACUGUCAUUCAAAAUCAGACGAGUUUAUAUUUAAAUAUUGGACUGCAAAAUGGAGUUUUACUCAGAACAGUACUGGAUCCAAUAUCUGGAGAUCUUGCAGACACACGGACUAGAUAUUUAGGAUCACGACCGGUAAAACUCUUUAGAAUAAAAAUGCAGGGAAGCCAAGCAGUUCUUGCAAUGAGCAGCAGAUCAUGGCUGAGCUAUUACUAUCAAAAUCGGUUCCAUUUGACUCCACUGUCUUAUGAAAGCUUAGAAUUCGCUUCGGGCUUCAGCUCUGAACAGUGUCCCGAGGGUAUUGUUGCUAUAUCUACAAAUACCUUGAGAAUUUUGGCGCUCGAGAAAUUAGGCGCUGUAUUUAAUCAAGUGAGCUUUCCGCUCGAGUACACACCGAGGAAGUUUGUGAUCCAUCCUGACUCGGCUAAUCUUAUCAUUAUUGAGACUGAACACAAUGCGUACACAGAGGACACGAAACAACAGAGGCGACUACAAAUGGCUGAAGAGAUGCAGGAAGCCGCUGGUGCAGAAGAAGCAACAGUAGCACGUGAGCUCGCUGAGGCGUUUCUAUCUGAGGAGCCUAAUGAAGCUGUUUUCGGAGCUCCCAGAGCCGGGCCAGGGCUCUGGGCUUCUCUCAUUAAAAUAAUGGUACCCACCACGGGUCAGGUUUUCCAAACUCAUCGGCUCGAACAGGAUUACGCUGCUCUCUGUUUGGCGCUCGUUAAGUUUGCAAAUCAGGGAGAUCAACUUUUCCUCAUUGUUGGUGUUGCCAAAGACUAUCAACUUAAUCCAAGAAUUAGCAGUGGUGGAUUCUUAUACACGUACAAAGUAAACGCAGACGGCACGGGAAUAGAGCUGCUUCAUAAAUCACCGGUGGAUGAAAUUCCCUUGGCGAUAUGUCCAUACCAAGGGCGUGUUUUAGUUGGGGUUGGAAAAAUGCUGCGACUGUAUGACAUGGGAAAGAAGAAAUUGCUGAGAAAGUGUGAAAAUAAACACAUACCCAACGCAAUAGUAUCGAUUAACGCCGUCGGACAACGGAUUUAUGUGAGUGAUGUACAGGAAUCAGUUUAUGCAGUAAGAUAUAAACGUCAAGAGAAUCAGUUAAUCGUAUUUGCCGAUGACACACACCCACGGUGGAUUACAACAACAUGCGUAUUGGACUAUGACACUGUUGCGACAGCUGAUAAAUUCGGUAAUAUUGCGGUUGUAAGGCUUGCGAGUGGCAUCAAUGACGAUGUGGAUGAAGAUCCGACUGGGAACAAAGCUCUCUGGGAUAGAGGAUUACUAAACGGAGCGAGUCAAAAGGCCGACACUGUAGCCUCUUUUCACGUCGGUGAAACAGUAAUGUCACUACAAAAGGCCACUCUCAUUCCUGGAGGAUCCGAGAGUUUAGUUUAUACAACUCUGAGUGGGACUGUCGGUGUCCUAGUACCGUUCACCAGCCAUGAGGAUCAUGAUUUUUUCCAACAUUUAGAAAUGCACAUGCGAUCUGAGCAUCCGCCGCUCUGCGGUCGUGACCAUUUGUCCUUUAGGUCUUAUUAUUAUCCUGUUAAAAAUGUCAUAGAUGGUGACCUUUGCGAGCAAUUUAAUUCAAUAGAACCUGCUAAGCAAAAAAGCAUCGCCGGUGAUUUAGAAAGAACAGCCUCUGAAGUAUCUAAAAAAUUAGAAGACAUUCGUACACGUUACGCAUUUUAAACUGUCUUGUUUAAUUAUCAUCACAAUCUUCACGUUUAUUUUUACUUUCAUUUUACACACGGAAA